AUGGCCAAUACCCAUUUCAAAGAACUAUUGUCACCAGUGGAGGCAGCAGCGUGGGACUCUUUUGAAAAGGUCGUUACUUCUUUUUUAGGCAAACACAAAAGUCCUAACUUCGAGCUGAUACUGAACGAUUUAAUCAAAAACUAUGCGGAAAUGGGAGUAAAUAUGUCUUUCAAAAUUCAUUUUCUGCACUCCCAUUUAAAUUUUUUCCCGAAAAAUCUUAGCGACGAAAGCGACGAGCAUGGCGAAAGGUUUCACCAGCAAAUGAAAAUGAUUGAAAGUCGGUAUCAAGGAUUCUGGGAUGUCGCUAUGAUGGGUGACUACUGUUGGUUUCUCAUAAGAGAAACCGAUCCUUAUAUAAAUAAGCGUCAAAACAAGACACAUAACUUUUUCAAUUAUAAAAUAAGAUCAUAGAGUUAAGACAGAGUCAUAUGUACAUAUGCUAUUAUUUGUAGGGUACUUAAGUUUUACUAUAUGGAUAUAUUUACUUGAAUGCUUGUAACUUUUGUAUUAGUUCAUCGAUUUUGUUUAAUCAAAGUUUAUUUUUUUUGUAAUAAAACAGAGCUUAGAGUGAAAACAAAAAAUACACGAAAAAGUAAACAGUUUUCGAGAUCCUUUCUCUCAAAGUACAAAUUUUUUUAUAUUUUUACAAAAAAAAUUUAAAAAAUCCGUUAUGAUAGUUCGUUAUCUUUAAAUCUGCAGGACCUAGCAGAAAGUGUUUUACACACAGUUUAUAGCAAAUUUUAUUACCUUUUAAAAGCUUUAAACGGUUUUGGAAUCGCUCAAUUCGUUUUCGAGAUAUAUAUGAUUAAGUGGGCCCAAUUUUUUGUUUUUUUGAAAUAACGGUAAUUCGUAAAUAUCUCAAAAACGUUACCAUAGAAUAAAAAAUAACCUUGAUUUUCGGAAUCAGACGGUGAUUU